UGAAAAAUUAGAUCGGAUGAGCAGAGAAAUAUGUAUGGAGCAUCAUCGAUAUUGUCUCCGAAACCACAAAGCCUCUUCCUUUCUCCUCAUCUUCCUCCAAGAUCUCUCCUUUACUGGAUAGAUCUUCCGGGUUUUGCGGUAAUCAGAUGCGUCUAUGGCGGUGGUGGUUUCGGUCGCCUCGUGUCUCGUCGCCGGUCGGUUUAUCGGAAUUCCGACAGCAGGAAAAGAAAUCGGCACAUCGUACCGAGAGCGAGCCGGAGAGAAUCUCCAUACGAGGUUCUGGGAGUCUCUCCUUCUGCAACUCCGCAGGAGAUAAAGAAGGCUUACAGGAAACUUGCUCUGAAAUAUCACCCAGAUGUCAAUAAGGAGGCUAAUGCACAGGAAAAGUUUCUGAGAAUAAAGCAUGCAUACACCACACUGAUAAACUCCGACUCACGACGUAAGUUUGCAUCAGAGAAUCGCUCAUCCGAUUAUUCGUACACUACUGGACAAAGAAGCCGAGAAAGUAACGUGAAAGAAGAGGAAGAUUUCUAUGGACUUGGUGAAUUCGUGAGGGAUGUUCAAAUAACAAUCGGGGAUUUCUUCAGAGAUCUUCAAGAAGAGUUCAAGAACUGGGAGGCCACUGCUGCUUCGCAAGGACAGCCUAAGAGCCUUUGGGAGGAACUAGCGGAAAUCGGGGAAGAGUUUGUGGAGUUUCUGGAAAAAGAACUCAACAUAAACGAGGAGGAAGAAGAAGAAGAUGAUGGAGGAGGAGGCGAGAGGGUUUCGUCGGAAGGGAGAGGAAGAGGGGACAGCAGGAAGAACAGUAUAGAAGAGAACAUCGAUGAGAUAGAAGCAACACUUGCGCAGCUGAAGAAGGAGCUUGGUCUGCAAUGAUAAUCUGUUCCUUUUAUGCAUCAAGAGAGCUGUUCAUAUUUGUGUUAAGGUUAGGUGCAUUACGCACUCACACUUGCUUGUGUUGGGAGCAAUUCAAUUGUAUUUUCUCCAUUUAUUAUAGAAAAGGCAUACAUUGUUUGAUUCAGUGUAUGUAUUUGUAU